AUGCCGACUCCUCGCGCAGGCCGCACCCUCCAGCAGCGGUUAUGGAGCUCUGUGAAGCAUAAUUGGAGCCUCGGAUUCACUGCCUUUGGCGGUCCGCCAGUGCAUUUCAAGAUUUUUCAUACCCUCUACGUGGAGAAGCUGCAAUGGGUUGACGAGCAAAUCUAUCAAGAGCUGUUUAGCGUCUCCCAGGCCCUCUCCGGACCGGCCAGCACCAAGAUGCACUACUGCAUCAACCUCCUCCACGACGGCUUCCUGCCCGCCGUGCUGUCCUUCUUCCUCUGGAGCCUUCCCGGCGCGCUCGGCAUGCUCGGCCUCGGCCUCGGCGUCGCCAGCGUCGGCGACGCCCUCCCGCGGCCCGUCUACGCGCUCCUCUCUGGCCUCAACGCCGCCACCGUCGGCAUCAUCGUCCUCGCCGCCGUGCAGCUCUCCGAGCGCGCCAUCACCAACAAGACGACGCGGCUGCUGGUCUUUGGUGGCGGCGCGGCCGGGCUGCUGUACAACGCGCUGUGGUACUUUCCGCUGCUGAUGCUGGUCGGCGGCGUCGUCGCGGUCGCGCACGACCUUCGCUGGCUGCACGGCUCGUUUGCGGCGGCGGUGAGGGUCAUCAAGCGGAUCAGCGGUCGUGGAUCGGGGGAGCCAAGGCCCGUGGAGAUGCGUGACGGGGUGGACGCGCAGGGCGUGCGCCGGGACGACUACACUGCAAACCACGACGUGGUCAGCGACGAGACCACCGCCGCGAGGGAGCUGCCGACCCAGGAAGACGACGGCAGCGCCGCCCGCGUCGUCCCUGCGAGCCACCAGCUCAGCAUGUCCUGGCGCGUCGGCCUCGGCAUCAUCCUCGCCUUCCUCGCCUCGUUCGUCGUCGUCAUUGUCCUCCGCGGCACCUCCGCCGCCGCGCAAUCGUCCCUCGCCUUCCGCUUCUUCGCCAACAUGUACCUCGCCGGCACCAUCAUCUUCGGCGGCGGGCCCGUGGUCAUCCCACUACUACGCGAGUACGUCGUCGCCGAGGGCUGGGUGCGCCCGCGCGACUUCCUCAUCGGCCUCGCCGUCCAGCAGAGCUUCCCGGGGCCCAACUUCAACUUCGCCGUGUACCUGGGCGCGCUGGUCCUCCGCGAGCGGCCGGCGCUGGGCGCGGCGCUCGGGUUCGCGGGCAUCUUCGCGCCGGGGCUGGUCAUGGUGCACGGGACGAUGGGCGUCUGGGGCGCGGUGCGCGGGUCGCCGGGCGUCAAGUCGUUCCUCAAGGGGCUGAACGCGGUCGCUGUGGGCUUGAUAUACACGGCGGUGUACAGGAUUUGGCAGAUUGGCUACAUUGACGAGGGGUUUCAGCAGGGGACGAGCCUGGCGGUCGAGCCGUGGUGGGUGGUGGUGACGGCGACUUCGUACGUGGGAGGCUACUGGUUUGGCAUGAACCCGCCUACUGCGAUCCUUCUCGGCUGUGUCAUGGGAUUGAUCUGGUAUGCAAUUGUCUCAAGCUAG